GCAAAGUACAGAAAUUCGAUUUAAAGUUAAAGAAGAAUAAGUGGAAAAAGGCACAAAGAGAGGCGUUGCACCAGUUUUGAUAGACUCAAAUUCAGCUCCCGUGAUUUCCAAGACUUGAAGCAGAGAGUGUCAGAAGAAACUGCAAGUAGAGCCAGUGGCAGCGAGCUGCUGGCCAAGAAGAUCUGCUGUCCGAUGGAACCCGAUCAUGAGCCCCUUAAGCUACCGAAGCCUGAAAAGAUUACUGGAUUCUAUUUUGAGGUGCUGAACGCACUCCAUGGCGACACCGUGGGACAUCCGGCUCACGGCAGCUUCACCUAUCACAAGACUGCCGAGUGCUAUGCACUCUUUGGUGACGAUUUCUACGACUAUCCAAACUGGAAUUCGGACGAGGGAACCGACUCGUCGCCAGGUUUCGAGCACUUACGCUCUGCCAGCAGCUCCGCUAAUCAACCCAAAAAUCCACUGCCAAAGCCCAGCGGGCAGAGCUACGUGGCAACGAUACUAGGACGUGGCAACACUGAAGCACUGUCGCAGCUGUAUUUGAAGGUGCUGCAGCAACAGGUGCCACAGCAGCAUAAGCGGCAGCAACAACAACAGCUUGUUGGCGGCUCGCAAAACAUGUCGAUGCCCAUCUACGGCUUGGCCAAUGGCAAUGCCUUCAAUCUUACUCAGGCCUACACUCAACUGCUGAUGGCGAAUUUGCGUCACCAAACUAUGCUGCAGCAGAUGCAGCAGCAACAGCAACAACACGUGCAGCAGCAGCAGCAGCAGCUAAAAUUUUCUAAUGCGGCAACUGCUGCAAUACUCUAUGAGGGGAUGUUGCAGCAACGCGUGCUGCUUCUCCAACAACUGUCUCAUCAGCAAACGGCUCAGCUGCAACCAUCUCAACAACUACCACGCAUUCCGCCCGAAGCGAGCAACAAAUGAAUUCAUUUUGACACU